ACUGAGACUAGAGAUGGAGUCGCCGGCGGCGGAGGAGCAGGAGCUGGUAGUGUCGGCGCCACCCAUGCAGUUGCAGGAUAAUUCACCAUAUUUGUCGGGGAAACCACUGCUGUUAGUAGAACACCCAGAUGUUACUAAGAGAAGAGGAGGGACUCAUUCUUUGACUCCCUUCUUCACACCAUUGGGCAGCCCAAUAAGAAGGGCUAUACAGAUGACCAAGUUUGAUCCUCAGGAUGCAUGGCUUCCCAUUACUGAAUCCAGAAAUGGAAACGCCUUCUACGCUGCCUUUCAUACUCUUUGCUCCGGGAUUGGGAUUCAAGCCCUUGUCCUUCCUGUUUCCUUCACCAUUCUUGGCUGGACAUGGGGAGUAAUAUGCUUGACAAUAGCAUUUGUAUGGCAGAUGUAUACACUGUGGUUGUUGGUGAAGCUGCAUGACUCCCCUGAAACUGGGGUACGUUACAGCAGAUACCUCCACAUCUGCCAGGCUACUUUUGGCAACAAACUUGGGAAGCUGAUGGCCCUCUUUCCAAUAAUGUACCUCUCCGGAGGCACAUGCGUGGCGUUGAUCAUCGUGGGUGGCUCAACCCUGAAGCUUUUCUUCCAGAUCAUAUGCGGCCACGGCUGCAAUGCGAAGCCACUCACCACCGUGGAAUGGUACUUGGUCUUUACAUGCGCUGCUGUGCUUCUAUCUCAGCUCCCCAACUUGAACUCCAUCGCUGGGGUCUCAUUGAUUGGCGCUGCCACAGCCAUUGGGUACUGUACAAUAAUGUGGCUCGUGGCUGUCACUGAGGGCAGGCUUGAAGGCGUGUCAUACGACCCAGUGAGACCAGUUGAAAAUGUGGCUUUGAUUUUUGGGGUUCUGAACGCCCUUGGGAUCAUCGCUUUUGCUUUCAGGGGCCACAACCUUAUACUUGAAAUCCAGGCGACCAUGCCAUCAAGUGAAAAGCGUACAACCUACGUGCCAAUGUGGAGAGGGGUGAAAGUAGCGUAUUUAAUCAUAGCAUUGUGUUUAUUUCCCCUUGCAAUAGGAGGAUACUGGGCUUAUGGCCAAAAGAUACCUGAAAAUGGUGGCAUGCUGACGGCAAUUUACUCGUACCAUGGGCGAGACACUUCCCAAUUUGUUCUAGCACUGACAAGCUUACUAGUCAUAAUCAACUCUGUGAGCUCGUUCCAAAUCUACGGUAUGCCGAUGUUCGACGACAUGGAGUCCAAGUAUACCAAGAGGAAAAACAAGCCAUGCCCAUGGUGGCUCCGGGCAUUGUUCCGAACCAUGUUCGGAUACGGGUGCUUCUUUGUGGCUGUAGCCAUACCAUUCUUGGGAAGCUUUGCAGGCCUCACAGGAGGCGUUGCAGUGCCAGUGACCUUUGCAUAUCCAUGUUUCCUAUGGCUGAAGAUAAAGAAGCCCAAGAAGUACAGCAUGAUGUGGGUUCUGAACUGGGUUCUGGGAGCUUCAGGCAUGGUGUUGAGUGUUGUACUGAUAGCUGCUGGGGUUUAUGUUGUGAUUGAUACUGGUAUUAAGGUGAGCUUUUUCAAGCCCUAGUACUAGGAAAAACCAGUAGUCUCAUGGGAGGAAGAAAUUAAGCUAAUUAAUUAACUGGAUUUUAAGGCUUUGAUCUUU